AUGCCGGACCUCGAAUCCUACGACGCCAUCCUGCAAUCCCUUUCCGACGAGGAUAACUACUACUACAACAUCACAAACAGCAACACCAACACCAACAGCGACAGCACCUUCUUGGAAUAUGAGCAACUUGACCUCAACAGCCUCAAUCUGUCCACCUCCUCUUACUCCCUCAUCGACCCCCUCGAUGCCGCCAUCACCGCAACCCGCAAUGGCGCCGCCCCGGAACUCAGCACCCUCUCCGACUUCACCACCAUCCUCUCCCAAACAGGCAUCCAUGGGCCCCGUCUCCUCAAAGCCGGAAACCUAGCUUUGCGGGGCACAAAGAUUGGCUCCGGCUCCCAAUUCACCGUCUUUCGUGACCCAAUGUUCGAGAAAGAGGUCGUCAAGCGCCUGAACGUGCCGCUGUCCGCGAAGCCCGAGCGCUUCGCCGCUAGCACGGAUUACAGGCAAAGGCUGCGCACGGUAGUCCUCGAGGUCCUCUCGCUGUGUAACCCGAUGAUGCGCGCGCAUCCAAACAUCGUCAGCCUGCUAGCGUGGGGGUAUGAUUUUCCGUAUGCGGACAUGCCCGUCCCCGUGCUGUUUGUGGAGGCGGCCUUGAUGCCGCUGUCGGAUUUCUUGAAGAAUGGCAUGGAGGGAGGGAAUGGGGCCAAGUACCAGUUGGCUCUGGAUGUUGCGAAUGGGCUUGAGGCGCUGCAUCAUCUGCGCAUUGUGCAUGGCGACGUCAAGCCGGAUAAUGUGUUGGUGUUCCCGGGGCCGAGCGACAAGGUGCCGUUUCGCGCGAAGCUGAGUGAUUUCGGGGUCUGUAUUGAUCUUGAGGCGGAGCCGAGUAGGUUCUCAUUGAGUGACUAUCUCGGCACACCGGCGUGGCUGGCGCCAGAGGUGGUGAAGAAGGACUUGGACAGAUUCUGCGCUUUCCAGGCCGAUCUGAUGUUCAAGUUUGAUGCGUAUAGUUUCGGGAUGGUGCUGCUGUCUGUCUUCGUGGCUGAGGGUGAGCCUCUGGUCCUUCACACAGCUGCUGGCACAUUUCCAGAGCAGGUCUCCAAGUUGCUGGAUGGCAAGAACCUACCCUCAGAUAUUCGGAUGGACCUGCGCAAAGCCAUCCAGCAGCUAUUAAGAGAAGACCCGCGUGAAAGACCGGAGAUCUCGCCAAAUCUUCUCAAGACAGACAGUCCAAAAUAUGCAUCCUGGCUCUCCUCUGUCCAAACCAACCACACGGAGACUCAUGUGGGCAUCAUCGAUCCCAUAUACAACAAAGGCCCUCUCUUCUGGUACCGCCUUGACGAUACUGUGCGCGCCGAGCUAGAAGAACAGUACGCCACCUCGAAGCAGGACGAUGGACCUAUGAUCCCCGGCGACGUCCUCUUUGGAAUGGCGCAGACCAUAACCGGCGCGAAACCCUCAUAUCUGGACCGGAUGCUCGCUUGGCUAACAGAUGCUGCGAGGAGCGGCUAUUCGCCGGCUCGAGCUGUCUAUGCGCCAAUUAUGCGCGCACAUGGUCAGAAGCCGGAGUUUGAGAAGAAGAUACUGGACGAAUGGAUGCUGCAGGCGGUGGCGGAGGGGUAUAUGUUUGCACAGCCGGUGGAUAUCAAACCGGAUGAUCUGAACAGAGCAAAGGAUAAGUUUCGUUCAAAUGGAGGCUUCUGUUCGGACCCGUUUUUAGGUAAGAGAGCUGUGCUCGAAGCGGCGAAAGAUCCAGACAAGGCUUUUGAGUGGCAGAAGGAGAAUGGGCGCAUUGUGGACAGAAAAGGCAAUACCAUCCUCCAUGCUGCCGCGUCUCUAGGAAAAUUGGAGACUGUCCAGACGCUGCUUGAGACGGAAAUACCAGUUGACGUGGAGAACGAGAAUGGAGAGACACCGUUGUACAAGGCCUUUCAGGCUGGACAUCCCGAGGUCAUCAACUAUCUCCUUGACCACGGCGCCAGUGCUCUUUGCGGGUCUCGACAGGAAAAAGCCACUCCCCUCCAUUGGCUGUUCAUGAUUCCAGAUGAAUCUGCCUUGCAGAUUGCGCAGCGUAUGGUGGAGGCAGGGGCAGACGUCAAUGCCACCUUACACCCUGUGGUGAAGCCAAAUAGCGGUGGUUACCCCGAAAAGAUCCAGAUCCUGCACUAUCCGUUUGAACUUCCACACGGUACGGCAUUGCACUGGGCAUGUCUCUUCCGCAACAUACCCGCGAUGGAUGCCCUGCUUUCUCUAGGGGCGAAUAUCAACGCGACCUAUCACGGCCUGGAUGCAUCAACCACUCCCCUUGCGCUGACAGCGUAUUUUGGUGAGCCGUCGAUUGCUCGAUAUCUGAUCUCCAAAGGCGCCGAUGGUACCGGGAUUGAUUCGAUGAAACGGAAUACGCUACACAAUAUAACCAAGUACUUCCCGGACCGACAUGGCUAUCUGCCGCAUCAUUGGCACUAUUGGAUUCGACACGGUAGUUGGGAAGAUCACCUAACCCAGCUGACCGAAUUGGUUCACGUUUUGAUCGGAGCCGGCGCUAAUCUGAAUACCAAAGACAAGAGUUACCCGCCCUUGACCCCCAUUGCUGCUGCUGCGGAUCCGGGGGUCUGGGAUGGGGGGAUGAUUUGUGCGUUGCUAGACGCAGGUGCCGAUCUCAAGGAGUCCAUAUUGUCCGCGGGGGAUACAGGUACUUCUACGGAUCAGCUUAGCAUGGUGAAAAGAGCUAACCUGUCAGUUCUGCAUUCGUGGGUAUCGAUCAUCGGACCUCGCCUGGACUAUCCCUGCGCCUACCUAUCUACGCUCCAAAAAAUAUCCAACGCCAUGCCCACCAUCGACAUCCCCAACUCCUACGCACAAGAGAUGCCACUGCAUUUCCUAGCCACCAUCUACCACCCCGAGGACGAGUUCGAAGCCGCCUGCGAGAUCUUCCUCGCCCACAACCCCCCAGCAAACAUCAACUGCCGCACCCGCCGCGGCGCAACGCCCCUGUCCAUCGCCCUGCAAACCCAGCACGACCCCGGUCGUCGCGGCCUCUUCCUCCUCCGCAGAGGCGCCAGCCCCCUGCUGACGGACAGCCAGGGAAGAGACAUCUUCUUCUUCCUCGCCAACAACACCGCACUCCCCGACAGCACCACCCACGACCUCAUCCGCCAGUUCCUCCUCCAGAUCAACCCGAAAGAUGCCCCCCAAGCCUAUAACCAGCAUUACCUCCAAAAUCCCGGCAGCACCCAGACCCUCUUCGCCGCCGCAGAGCGCGGAAAGCCACGCACGCUCUCCUUUCUCCUAGACCUCGGCCUUGCCGCGCGCAUCAACGAGCCAAAUACCAACAAAUCCCCGCCACAGACGGCGCUUGACCACGCCCUCAAGGCAAAGGGAUAUAGUGAGCUGGCUCAUGCGCGUGCGCUAGAGCUGUAUAAGCCUGGUCCGGCGCGGGAGCACGCCAUCGUGGCGAAUCUAGUCUAUGACGAGGCGCAGGGCCCGCCGGCGCGUGCGGCGGAGGCGCAUAGGUGUUUUCCUGAAGUGGUUGAGAUUCUGCGCGGGGCGGGGGCGAAGCAGAUGGGCGAGCUGAAUAGUGGUUUAGUCGGUACGUGUGCCAUUUUUGAGGACUUUUGUGGAAUGAGGUUAACCAAUCGUUAUAGGUACGGGCUUACGCAUGGUUCGCAAUCAGAUUGGGAGUGUGUGGAGUUGGGUGGAUAG